UUUCACAGGACUGGUCAGUGUUGUAUUGCCUGCGAUCUUCCGCUCUUUUCUCUCCAUUCUGAUUUAACACCUCAUCUCGACAUCUUUUCCCGACAGUCAAGAGGCCAUCACUUUCAAAGAGACACAAUGGUGAAGACGUCCAAGUCUGCCAGUGGUUUGCCCACAGGGUGUCAGGUACUGGAGUCCAUGCCGGAUAUCCUGAUGAUUCCAGAACUUAUAUUCGGUGGUCUUGUCUGGGUCUUGUUACUCUCUACAAAGGAGAUUAAUCUCAAUCCAGAAGGAUGGCUCUUGAUGGUGUCCAUUUUCUGCUUCAUCUCCUCUCUCAUUUGGCUCUUCGUCUUCUUCUGUGGUUUAAAUCAGGGGUCCUUCUGCCUGAACCUGGAUUUCCAGUACCACUGGUUGGCGACUCUGCUGUACUUUGUGGUGACUGUGCUUCACCUGUCAGCGACUAUGGCGGGAUAUCCGAAAAGGAAUUCCACCUCCAAUUCCUCCAUUGAGCCUGACCUCAAUAAAUACUUGUAUUUUGCUGCAAGGAUCUGCUAUGUGAUGGCAACUCUCCUGUAUUUGAUCCACGCCGUGAAGUCAUUCCUCCGACUGAAGAAGGCAUGAAGACCACUCAGUGAAGCUUGUGUGGGGCUUUCUUGUUUGUCUUUCCUCUAAAUUUCCAUCUUCAUUCACCUGAUCCUGCCCUGCUGGGCUCUCCUGAGAGGCACUGGCACGCUGUCCAGUGAGGUGUGUUAGUUGAGACGGUUUGACCGCUGCUUUGAGUUCUCUUUAAUUCUUCAAAGUGUCAAAUUAGUUCUGAUGUUUUAUUACAUUUAAGAGUUUGAAUAAAGGAAGCUUUAG